GGUGGAUCCUCGUCUUAAAGAGUCAACACCUCUCAUCACGAGUGUAGCGAGCAGCAGAGGGGCUUGAUCUCUAGACUGUACUUGACAGCACUCUUCCUCUACAUCUUAUUUGAUGCACUUGCGCCUCUGGAAACGACUUGAGAAAUGAAUGGCUACGGAUCGCCCUACCUCUACAUGGGGGGCCCGGUGUCCCAGCCAAGAGCGCCCCUCCAGAGGACCCCCAAGUGUGCCCGCUGCAGGAACCACGGGGUGCUCUCCUGGCUGAAGGGGCACAAGCGUUACUGCCGUUUUAAGGACUGCACCUGCGAGAAAUGUAUUCUGAUAAUCGAGCGACAGCGGGUCAUGGCGGCUCAGGUGGCGCUGAGGCGGCAGCAGGCGAACGAGAGUUUGGAGAGUUUGAUCCCGGAGUCUCUGAGAGCGCUGCCGGGCAUCACGGUGGGGAGCGCGGAGCGGAGCACGAACCCUCGGUCGAGCGACAUAGACCUGCGCUGGAGCUCGGAGACGGUGACCCCUAAACCACCACAAGACCUAAAUGAGGACCUGUCUGGUGAGCAGUCUGGUGGAGAGAACGGUGAUAGCGUCAGCGACAGAGAACCAGAAACAGCCAGCUCCCCUGAGGAGUCCAAACCUAACCUGUGUUGCACCCCUGACACCUCAGACCCAACUCCCCAGGUUGAGGAGCCUCGCUUUGGCCUGUCUAAAUCAUGCACCGACCCAGAAACCAAAGCUGACAACCCUAAAUACUCCCCUGAGCCCAACAUCCUCAUCGAAGGCCUCUCAGGCUCUGUAUCUCUCCCUUUCAGCCUGAGGGCCAACCGACCUCCCCUGGAGGUCCUGAAGAAGAUCUUCCCAGCCCACAAACCAGCAGUCCUGGAGCUCAUCCUGAAAGGCUGCGGUGGGGACCUGGUCGGAGCCAUCGAGAUCCUGCUCUCCAGCCGUUCUACGAUGAAACCAGAAAAGGUAUUGUCUGAGAACUCAGAUGCUCUGGUUCUCCCUUCAAAUGGCCAUCUCUUUGAGCACCCGCUGAGUACGUACCCAUCUUCCAAGUGGUCGGUCGGUUCGGCCUUCCGUGUCCCCGAUUCCCUGCGUUUCUCCACAGAGCCUUCUGCUGGAGUUGUACAAGGCCCUCUUAGCAUGCCGCUCCAGCACGGCUUUCCCCAGCCACCUCGAUACCCCCUCAUGCUGAGAAAUUCAUUGAGCCGUGGCCAAGCCGGGCCCUUCAUGCACAACGAUGUGACUCUGUGGAAUACCAUGACAUUACAGCAGCAGUAUCAGCUGCGCUCGCAAUACAUCCCUCCGUUCUCAGGCCCCUCAGCCGGAGUGAUCCGCAGCUCACCGCUCCUCACCAGCAGGCCCACCGAGGAGCAUCGAAUCAGCAUCCAGGAGGACAGCUGUCCUGUCAUAGCCAAACAGAGCAUGUUUGCUGCAGAUGAGGAGUAUGAUGAAAGAUCUGACUCCUCAGACUCCAGGAUCCUGAACACUUCCUCCUAACUCCUCAGCGGUUUCAAUAGGUGGAUGGAAAAAAGCACUGAAAUAUGUUUCAAAUGGGUUCUUAAAAUGAUUAAAAAAGAGACACUGCUCAUCUAGGAGCACCUUGAAAAAACAUACAGUGCAUUACUUGAGGUAUUGUAUUUCUAACAGAUUUGAGGUUGUUGUGCCAACUUAAUCAUGUGUGGAAUAACAUUAGCUUUAAUUUUAGGGGGUGGGGGGAAAUUAAGGUACUGUUAUUUGACCAAAAAAGUCUGAAUAACUUAAUAUAUUUGAGCACAGUGAUCACCAUUUCCACUUUGCAUGAAAUGAACCAUGGAUAACAGUU